AUGUUAUUGUCGUGCGGGCGGAUAACGAGUGCCAGUGCCAGGCAUUUGCGUGGAGCAUUGGGGCCGUCCUGGAGGGUGGCUUCGACGACCAGGCAACAAUCUGCAUCACGGAGCAGAACACUCGUUCCUACUUCCUCCUUCGCAACGCCGCUCACACCAACACUGUGGAGGCAGGUUGGUUGGGUCCCAUCAUGUGGAGAUCGGACUGUUUCCUCGAGAGCAGGAGCCAACAACAACAGGAGUCAUGCCCGUUUGGUUUCUAUCCUCGCCGUCUCCACGUCUGUUGCCCUCGGCGUGGUUUGGCACCUCCGUCGACAGAGUCCAGUUCGCAUGGACUGGACACCAGAUACCAAAACCCCCGCGGCAACCCCCUCGGAUGCACUACUAACAUCAGCACAGCCCGGCAUCUCCUUUCCAGCGCCCCGACAGGGCGAGACAGCAGACUCGCACCUUGAUUUCUACGAGGCCCUCGAAGUGGAGUCGUUGGACAUGUCGAAACUCCCAAUAGAGCAAGCGAUACUCACAACCGCGCCCCACGUCCCGCCACCAAUCACCCGGGACCACCCCGUGCUCCUCCAAGUUCCCCUGACGACCACGACCAAGCUGGUGCAGCUGACGAACCAGUACAAGUACGAGCAGUGGUCUUUCAACGACACGGUGCCGGGCCCCUUCAUCAGGGCGCGGGUCGGCGACGUGGUAGAGCUGACGCUGACGAACCGCGAUGAGUCGGGCAACCCGCACAACAUCGACAGCCACGCCUUCACGGGUCCCGGCGGCGGAGCGGCGGUGACGACGGCGGAGGAGAACGAGACCAAGACGGCUCGGUUCCGGCUCCUGUGCCCGGGCCUGUACCUGUACCACUGCGCUGCGGCGCCGGUGCCGGUGCACAUCGCCAACGGCAUGUACGGGCUCAUAUACGUGCAGCCGGCCGAGGGGAACCUCCCGCCCGUGGACAAGGAGUACUACGUCAUGCAGAGCGAGUUCUACCACGAGCCGCCCGAGGUCCUCGACGACGGGCGCCCGUCAUCGGUCGUCGAGUUCUCGUACCCCAACGGCCUGCGCGAGGAGCCGAACAUCGUCGUCUUCAACGGCACCGAGUCCGCCCUGACGAGGGACAAGCCCCUGAAAGCCAACGUCGGCGAGAGCGUCCGCAUCUUCUUCGGCAACGCGGGGCCGAACCUCACGAGCUCGUUCCACGUCAUCGGCAGCCACUUCAGGAAGGUGUACCGGGAAGGCGACGUCGUGAGCCCUCCCGGGCGGUUCAUCCAGACCGUCAGCGUGCCGCCGGGUGCCGCGACAAUCGUGGACAUGAAGAUGGUCGUUCCGGGGACGUACACCCUCGUGGAUCAUGCCAUAUUCCGACUCGAUAAGGGCGCUGUCGGCUUCCUGAAUGUCUCGGGGGAGCAGAAUCCGAAUAUCUUUCAGAGCACGCAGCCGCCGGCCCCAUGCGUUGGGUGCAAACUCCACGCCUAA